CCUUCCUGUUUGGGGUGUGGCUUCACAGCACUCGGAUGUGUGCGCGUGGACCUCCAGUGUUUCGCUGCUGUUAACAUCUUGUGUUUACAAAUGUACAUUUUAAACUAACGCAAGAAGAGACUGUGUGCUUUACGAGUGGCUAUUUUUGUUCAAAUCUACUUCCGGUGCUGGAUUUAAUUUGAAAAGGUAGCGCGGAAGUCGGCGCAUUUAUCACGCAACUUGACGCGGACUGAGGAGGGAGCGGCUCUGGUCGAGCUACGCUAGCACACAAGAGAGAGCAGUGGAUGACGAGUCACGGCAGUAGUCGCAUUCCACACGCGUGACAUCAUCACCAGCUGGGUGGCCAUGUGACCUGAGUCAGGGAGAGGGAGGGGCAUGUUUUACAGACAGCAGGUGAAGAUGCGUGAAUACAAGCUGGUUGUCCUCGGGUCUGGUGGUGUCGGCAAGUCUGCUCUGACGGUGCAGUUUGUCCAGGGUAUUUUUGUGGAGAAGUACGACCCCACGAUAGAAGAUUCCUACAGGAAGCAAGUGGAGGUGGAUGGUCAGCAGUGCAUGUUGGAGAUCUUGGACACAGCAGGAACAGAGCAGUUCACGGCCAUGCGUGACCUCUACAUGAAGAAUGGCCAAGGCUUCGCUCUGGUCUACUCCAUUACGGCGCAGUCCACCUUCAACGACCUCCAAGACCUCAGAGAGCAGAUCCUCAGGGUCAAGGACACGGAUGAUGUGCCAAUGAUCCUGGUGGGCAACAAGUGUGACCUUGAGGUGGAGCGUGUGGUGGCCAAACAGUCGGGGGUGGGUCUCGCUCGCCAGUGGAACUGCUGCGUCUUCUUGGAAACGUCGGCCAAGAGCAAGAUCAACGUCAACGAGAUCUUCUACGACCUGGUGAGACAGAUCAACAGGAAGAGUCCACUUCCUGGAAGAACUCGCAAAAAGUCCACUUGUCAUCUCCUCUAAUACCAGCCCUGCGCUCUCGCCUGACCCAACAACCAAUCAGAGGACAUCUUCCGACCUGCCCCUCACCCCCUCCCCCUCAAACACAUGUCGUCAACGUGGACCGCCUCUGAACUCUGACCCCUUCCUGUUGCCUUGGAAACUUCAAAAGACUGAUGAUGAUGAUUAUGAUGGCGUCUUCUAGAUGUUUCUUUUGUCUUUUUCUAUCCCGACACCGCCUCCAACAUGGCCGACUGAUAGAUGAUGAUUGUUAUUUCAAGUUUUAUUUAGUAGCAGAUUCUGGUGUCAGCUCACCGUUUGAAGCUAACUUCAUGUAGCUGUGCAGUGUGUUAGCAGUAUUAUGGACAAGUACUGACAAGUUUUACUAACAGUUUGUGGCGAGCAAAGCUAGCAGUGGCAACAUUUCAAAGGUGGCUGGUGUAUCCGUGAGCUGGCUAGCUUGGUAGCCAUUAGCUAGGACAGAAGAAGCACUUUAAAGUCACAGAUGUACAAAAUCAAAUCAAAUCAAAAUUAACGUUUUUCGGGUGCCAUUACUGCAUGUGACCGCCAGGGGGUGCUGUAGUGUAGGCUAACCAGUUAGCGUAACAUGGUGGUGGGUGAGCUGACCCCAGAUCUGCUAGCGUGACUCGGGGCGUCAUUGGCAUGGCAGAAGAUUGUUGAAGCCACAAAAAGCCUUUUAGUGUCUGUCUGAUCUAGCAUGUUCAUGUGUCACCUCCAGGAGGCGCUGUAGCAGUUUGCAUGUCUGUUUUCAGCCGGGGCUAGCUAUCGCAGUUAGCAUGCUGAGCUAGCUCCCGGAGACCAAGAGCUGUAGUGAGCCCGUGUGGCCACAAGCGGACAGCAAGUUCCCGCUGACUGGUCCUGUCAGAGUAAACAGUCCCGCCCACUAAGCGUCAGUGGACGUCAUUUCAACAUUGACCUCGCCUCGAGCUACGCCUCCUCGUGCUCAACGAUGCUGAAGGAGGCUAGAGUGCAGUUUGCGUUCUUUUACUGCAUGUUUGUGUUGUCUGCUGGACUCUAGAACGUUGUACACGGGUUCCUGACAGCAGCGCUGGGGGUGGGGGCUGUCUCGGGGUGGUUGAAGCCAAAUGUAAAGUCCAAACUAAAAAGCCUUAAAUGAAUAAAAGUGGUG